AUGAAUCUAACGACGCAUAACCCCAUAACUUGUCCUUACGUAAAGAGCAACAUGUGGUAUAUCGAAUAUUUGACAAACGUCUACAUUGCAAAUUGUGUUCUGAACGGCGCAUUUGCAAUGGUGGCAAUUGUCGGCAAUUCAAUCGUGCUGUACGCAGUAUACAAGACUCCUACCCUCCACAAGCCAUCAACAUUCCUUCUAUGCAAUCUCGCAAUCACUGACCUUGCAGUUGGUCUACUUGUGCAACCGCUUUAUACUGCUUACAAGAUAACUGAGAUGUCGGGCAUACAAGCUUUCUCCUGCUACAGUGGUUUGCUUGUGAACAUGUUCGCCAACUUAUUCUCGGGGAUGUCAUUCAUCACCGUCACCUGUAUCUGUGUGGACAGAUAUCUUGCUUUAUUUCUGCACCUACGAUACGCUACGGUCGUCACYUCUCGAAGGGUCUUCAUAGUGUUGAUGUUUCUUUGGGUUUUCAGUAGCUUAGUAGUAACGUUUUAUCCAUGGAAAGUUUCUAUAGCUAUUGGUUGUGGUAUUGUAAUUGUCAUUACCUGUCUUACAGUGUCAUCUUUAACUUUCUUGAAAAUCAAUAGCAUUGUUAGAAAACACAAGAGACAAAUCCGCCAAGCUACCGCCCAUAACCACACCACGUCCAAUCUCCAGGAAUUUCACCUUCCUAAGUACUUAAAAUCGGUCUUUACCAUCGGAUAUGUGCACAUUCUUAUGUUUAUUUGCUACCUUCCUUAUAUGCUUACMCUAUCAUCUCGCCUGGUCGUAGGAAUAACCAAGGAAUAUAAGCUAGCACUUAAUAUAACAACGACAAUUAUCUACAUCAACUCUGCAAUCAAUCCAGCCCUCCAUUCAUUUCGGGUGAGAGAGUUUAGAGCCGCUUUGCUCCGUGUGAUCGGGAGAAAGCUUGACCAAAAUGCAUACAUCUCUGCAUCAAUAGCAAAAGCUCCAAGUAGCUCAGAACCCAGGGCUUUAUGCCGCUUAUCCUUCAAUCCGCCAUUGACGAAAUAACGAGGAUCCUGUGAAAAUGUCAUUCCACAGGGUGACCGCCAUCCUCGGGAAAGAGUGAGGAACGAACGACAGAAUAUUAACCCUGGGUUCCCGAGGAUGGGUGUUCGCCUGCUCCAUGGAGAUUCGACAUGGAUUAAUUUCAGUUCCAAAAGAUAGUUAUCACUAAAAA